AUGAGUGAUGAAUCUUUAAAUGAUACGAUGUUAGAGCCUGAAAACAAUAUGGUGUUCGAGUCUAAUGAUAAUAUGGUGUUCGAGCCUGAUUAUGAUACAAUGUUAGAGCCUGAAGAUGAUACAAUGUUAGAGCCUGAAGAUGAUAUGAUGUUAGAGCCUGAAGCUGAUAAUCUAGAUGGUCAAACGAAAAAGGUUGAAAGACCGGGUGGUAGUCCUGUAAAAGAGUUUUAUGAAAUGAAAUUAAUUAAUAAUCUUGAAAUAAUUGAAGGACUAGAUGUCCAAGCUAAUAUACUUGGUAAUGAUCAUUUAAAGGAGAUUCUUAUUAAUUUCGAGGAUAAGGUUUUGCAAAACCUUCGUGAAUAUGCACAAGAUAGUUCAGAAGUUAGUUAUAUUUUAUUUACUAUUGAUAUGUGGACAUCAAAUAAUAGUGAUCCGUAUAUCAGACUUACUCUUCACUGGAUUAAUGAUAGUUUUCAAAUAAAAGAAAUGAUUGGUAACAUUUCGUAUCUCCCAUAUCCACAUACUUCUGAGUGUCUUUUAAAUAAAAUCACUAAAAUUUUAGAUAGUUUCUAG